AUGUCCCUUUGGGUAGACAAGCAUCGGCCCCGUUCUCUUGACCAACUCCACUACCACCAUGCCCUCUCUGCACGCCUCAAGGCUCUCGCCGCCUCGGGAGACUUCCCCCACAUGCUGUUCUAUGGGCCCACGGGCGCCGGCAAGAAGACGAGGAUAGCGGGCACCUUGCUCGAGCUCUUUGGCAAAGGCGUAGAGAAGCUCAAAAUUGACCAACGUGUCUUCCUCACCCCGACAAAACGCAAGCUCGACGUCAACAUCGUCCAGAGCAACUUCCACAUCGAGAUCACCCCAAGCGAGGUCGGAAAUUACGACCGAGUCGUCAUCCAAGAGAUCCUGAAGGAGAUCGCGCAAACACAGCAAGUCGACCUCAGCGCGAAGCAAAAGUUCAAGCUGGUCGUCAUCCACGAGGCGGAUUCCCUCACGCGCGACGCCCAGGCGGCGCUCCGCCGGACCAUGGAAAAGUACAUGACCAACAUGCGCCUCAUCCUCUGCGCGAACAGCACCAGCAAGCUCAUCGCGCCCAUCCGCUCCCGCUGCCUCCUCAUGCGCGUAGCCGCCCCGAGCGAGGAAGAGAUGCGGGCUGUGCUCGACUACGUGGGCAAGCGCGAGGGCUUCGCGAUCCCGGACGACACGGCCAGGCUCAUUGCGCAGGACGCGAACGGCAACGUCCGCAAGGCGCUCCUCGUCCUCGAGGCGCUCAAGAUGCAGAACACCGAUCUGUCCUCGAGCGCGCUGAGCAUCGCGAAGCCAGACUGGGAGACGUACUGCCACAAGGUGGCGGACAUGAUCAUCCAGGAACAGUCCCCCGCGCGCGUGAUGGAGGUCCGCGCGAAGCUCUACGAGCUCCUCUCCCAUUGCAUCCCGCCCUCGGUCGUCAUCAAGACCAUCGCGGAGAAGGUCGUGGACCAGGUCGACGACGCCCUCAAGGCGGACAUCAUGCACUGGGCGGCCAUCUACGAGGCACGCAUGCGCGUGGGCAACAAGAAGAUCUUCCAUCUCGAGGCGUGGGUGGUUAAGGUCAUGUCGCUCUACAAGCAUUUCUUCCUCGGCUUCGACAUGGACGCGGGCUUCGACGACUUCUAGAGAUCUGAGCGCCGGGCGCUGGGGCCUUUGGUCGGACCGGGCGUCUCACGUCCGACGUCACUCGCUUAUCCUGGCGGGCAUCACUGUUUUCGGGUAUUCUGCACACGCGUGUGUAUGUGGCAACAGCAGAUACGCAGAUACAUCACAUCGAGCGGGAUUGUAAAUAUUGGUAUGGUAUACUGUAUAGUAGGUUAACAUAAUUCAUAUAAAAGAAGCAUCGUCUCCCAGAUCCACCGUCGUCCAUGUCUGGAUGGAGGGCACGAAUCAGGGCGAAUUCAACGUCUGUGUCGUAACAAGCAUCGCAACCAGGUCUCUUGAACAGAGCGUGCAUCCAAAAGCAUCCACGAGUGGUGCGGCUGCAGCAUCGCCGUCCGCCCGUCCACGCGCACACCAUCGCCGAUAUCCUACAGCACCCGCGAAUACAAGGCGGGCCCUAUCGAGAAAGCAAGCGAGCGAGCAUCACCGGCUCUCAGCCCUCGUCUUCGCUGCCCCCCUCCUCUUCUGCUUCUACAUCUCCAUCUCCAUCCGCGCCGGCGCCCACGAAAUCAGAGAUGUCGAGGUCCAUGCCCCCGUUCCACUCACGCUCCCACAGGGGCACGCCCGUCGCCGGGUCCACAUGGCGGCUCUCGACCGACAGCGCCGGGUGGCCGAGCGGGAGCACGCCCCGCGCGAGCUCGAGCCGCUGCAGCAGCGUGCAGCGUUCGUCGAGGAGCCCGGUGAUGUAGUCGAUCGCUGGGGGCGCAAAGAACAUGGCGCAUAAGCAUACAGGACACACAAGAAUGGGCACACGAGACAGAGAGGAGAAGGAAGAGAGCGCCGCGGGCCGCAAGGGGACCAAGGCAGGCAAGUGAGCAAGACGGAGGUGAAGGACGCACUCUUCUGCAGGACGACGUUCUCGCUCCUCGGGCCCGCCCGCCCGUCCGGCUUCUCCGCCUCUGCCCGCCCUCCCUUCUUCUUCUUGCCCUUGCCGUCCGCGUUGCCGCCCCCGCCGCGCACCUUGCCUUUGGGGUUGGCCUGCGAGGCCUCCUCGAUCACCUCGAGCUCCUUCUCACGCCCCUUCGUCCUCUCGCGCUCGUCCUCCUGGCGGAUCGCCUCCCGCAAGGCGGGGACGGCCUCACAGAGCGACUCGUAUCCCCGCCGGAUGUUUGCCCGCCGCUUCUGCUCGGACUGGAUGUGGUUCGCGCGCUUCUGCGAGGGCGACAGCAGCGCCCCCUUGGCUCCUGCUGCUGUUGAGCCCGAGACGCCGUUGGCGGAGCUGCUCGCGCUGGAAGACUGCGAGGGGGCCGGGGUACUCUUACUCUGAGUGGAGGAGGCAGUCCGGCGGGGUCGCGUGGUCGCCGAUGCGGCACCGGGCCCGGAUCCCGGAGGCGAGUCUGCGUCAGGGGCCGAGGGGAAGGGGCUCGAGGACGACGGGGAGGCACGGAGGCGUUUUGAGGAGCUCGGAUCUGUGGCUGGUUGCGAGGACGACGGGAGGGGCCGCUUUGUCG